AUGCUUCAAGUCAAAUCGCACCAUGCCCUCGCGCUCGCCUCCCAGCGCAAUGCGGCGUCGCGCCCCACUGCUUCUGUUGCAUCUGCAACGUCCGUGGCGACCGCCAAGAGUGCAACGGCCGCAACGACUGAAGAAGUCACGCACCAGCUCUCUGUAAACCUGGUCAAGAACUUGCUGCGCCUGACGGUGUCCAACAUCACGUACCUGCGUGGUCUGUUUCCCGAAAGCGUCUACGCGGAUCGCAACAUUGACGGCCUCGCUGUGAAGGUCUUGCGCCACGGCGCGUCGAAAGCUGCCGACCAGCUCAUGGAAUGGGUCGGAGGCUGCUUCGAUGCUCUCGAGCGCCGUUAUCUGCGCAAGACGGUCGUGGGCAUUUUCACAAAUCCGAACGAUCCGAGCUCGCUCGUCGAGUCGUACACGUUCCGAUUUGAGUACUCGUCCGACGGAGCGGUGCAGACCAACCUGUCGCUCCAUCAGGGCGAGCGAUGCGUGGGGACCACUGCGACCAUGCGUGAGAUCAAGGGUGCCACCAUCAAGAUGCUUCGCACUAUUAUUGUGCUGAUCCAGACUUUGAAGCAGCUGCCAGAGGAGCGCUACAUUACCAUGACGCUGUACUACUACGACGAAGUCACACCGCUCGAGUAUCAGCCUCCGUGCUUCAAGAUGACCCAGGCUGCAGACCAAUAUGAGUUUGAAGCGACCCCUUUGAACAUCAACGUUGGAGAGCUCAGCACCGGCUUCCAUCGGCUGAAGCUAAGCAUCAAGGCCAUGAACGGACAGUUCGACCUUCCUCAGUCCGAUGAGCUGCAGGGCGCUGCCAGCACCAGCGAUGGCGAUUCGCCCGCUCACGAGCACCAUUUUGCUCAGCCGCAACAUCCCCAGCCUGCUGCAACUGCUGCGAGAGCAUCGCCGCCUGUCGCUCCCGUUGUCGCCCAGCCACACCAACAGCACGCGCGCCUCGAGCAGCUCCCGUUGUCGCCCGAGAUCAGCCAGCAGGACGGCAGCAACCCGGCAGAAGCCCUUCGUCCUCGAGUCAACCUCAGUCUGAGCAAGCCAAAGUCCGUGGCGUCCUCGGUCGCGAGUGUGGCUCCUGCCGCCCCGGACGCAGCCAUCCUCCACCAAGCCACAACGGAGCGCGCGUCGCAGGCUGUUCCCAUUCCCAACGGAAAACUGGCCAACCUUGCUGUGCCUUCCAGUUCUGCUGCUGCGCAAUCCGCGUCCCAGCACGAGUCGCCUCAUCCUCCGCAAGUGGACCGCGCUCCCGCCGACGAUCUCGUGCGUUGCCCUUGUGGCGUGAGUGAGACGGACGGGCGCAUGAUCAACUGCGAUCGCUGCGGCUAUUGGCAACAUGGUGUUUGCUUUGGUUUCCGCGAAGGCCGGAAGCUCCAGCUCGACAGCCAUCUGUGUGACCUUUGCCACGGCCUUGCGGCCUCCGAUGCGCCUGUCCACCAUCGCAUGUGCUCUGCGUCCACGCCGUCGACCAGCGACCGUAAGCAGCUUGCGCUGCUGCGUCGUGCCCUCUCGGCGUUUGUCAAUGGCAAGACCCGGUCGUUCACGCUCCAGGGCAUGAGCAACCGCCUUGGCGUCCCGCUGCGUGUCUGCCGCGAGCUUGCGCAAAAGAUGGUCGAGGAAGGCGUUGUCAGCACCAAAGAUGCCCGCCUGCUCAACACGAGCACCUUUACCGUCUACCGCAAUCUAAAGGCUCGCGCGGUCGUCGACGAGUACUUUGGUGGCGCAGAGUCCGUCAUUGCUGCGGCGGCCAUUGAAGCCGCGCAAGCAGGAGUGACUCCCACUGCAGCCUCGAUGGCGACGAGUCCUCGUGCAGCCACGGAUGCGGUCCCGCCGCGCGUUGAUGUGGUGGGUGAAAGAUGA